CUCCGCCGAUUCCCAGCGCUCAUCAGCACAAACUUUAUUCUUGGCAAACUUCUCUUUUUCUCCCCUCCUCCUCCGCCCCUCCCCCUCCGGCAGAUUAAAUGCUCCUCCAGAAGGAAAACCGAAGCGAAAGGGAAGGAAAGAAGCUCUAACGCGGACGUCUGCAGCCCGGGUGGCUCUUUAUUGUUUACUCUGAAGGAAGUGGACUUUUCGGUAUUUUCUGAUUCUCCUCGCACCUCCGCCGGGGCAAACGGAGCCUCUUGGCCCAGCUCUCUUCUCAAAAGAACCCCAAACCACCGAAAUCAGCAUCCGAGGAAUUCGUGGAGAGGUUUUGCGCGGUGACGCGCCACGGGACCCUCGUUUGCACUUUGGAAAGUCGUGUCCCCCUCCGGAACCGGUGUCCUCGGAGCACAGACCCCAGCAGCGAGGACAACGUGGGGCGGCCACCCAGCCCUGGCAGCCUAGCCUAGGGCACGCGGAGCGGCGCAGACGCUCCUAGAGGCGCCGGCGGCUGCCGCCCUCGCAGUCUGGUGCCCUUCGCCCCAGGGCCGGGCGCCUGCGUCCUUCUAAGUGGGAAAGCGCGGCAAUCGCAGAGGCUCCUGCAGCUGCUCCAGCCGUGGGCCCCUCGCUUGCCCACCCCGCUUCUAUUCACAGCUCUCCCGCACUCAGUCUUCCAACUCCCCCACCUCACAUCGACCUCCCCCUUCUUCCUGCUGUCUCGGAGUGCUCCCGCAGCGGAGAGAUUACACAGCUGCCGGGAUGCCCCAACUUUCCGGAGGCGGCGGCGGGGGGGACCCGGAACUCUGCGCCACCGAUGAGAUGAUCCCCUUCAAGGACGAGGGCGAUCCCCAGAAGGAGAAGAUCUUCGCCGAGAUCAGUCACCCCGAAGAGGAGGGCGACUUAGCCGACAUCAAGUCAUCCUUGGUUAACGAGUCCGAAAUCAUCCCAGCCAGCAACGGGCAUGAGGUGGUCAGACAAGCACAGUCCUCUCAGGAGCCCUACCACGACAAGGCCAGAGAACACCCCGAUGACGGAAAGCAUCCGGACGGAGGCCUGUACAACAAGGGACCGUCCUACUCCAGUUACUCUGGCUACAUAAUGAUGCCCAGCAUGAACAGCGACCCAUACAUGUCAAACGGGUCCCUCUCUCCGCCCGUCCCGAGGACAUCUAAUAAAGUGCCGGUGGUGCAGCCCUCUCACGCGGUCCACCCUCUCACCCCCCUCAUCACGUACAGCGACGAGCACUUUUCCCCGGGAUCCCACCCGUCGCACAUCCCGUCAGAUGUCAACUCCAAGCAAGGCAUGUCCAGACACCCUCCAGCUCCUGAAAUCCCCACCUUUUACCCCCUGUCUCCGGGCGGCGUUGGACAGAUCACCCCACCCCUUGGCUGGCAAGGUCAGCCUGUUUAUCCCAUCUCGGGUGGAUUCAGGCAACCCUACCCGUCCUCACUGUCAGGCGACACUUCCAUGUCCAGGUUUUCUCAUCAUAUGAUUCCUGGUCCCCCUGGCCCCCACACAACUGGCAUCCCUCAUCCAGCUAUUGUAACACCUCAGGUCAAACAGGAGCACCCCCACACGGACAGUGACCUAAUGCACGUGAAGCCUCAGCAUGAACAGAGAAAGGAGCAGGAGCCAAAAAGACCUCACAUUAAGAAGCCUCUGAAUGCUUUCAUGUUAUACAUGAAAGAGAUGAGAGCGAACGUCGUGGCUGAGUGCACGCUAAAGGAGAGCGCGGCUAUCAACCAGAUCCUGGGCCGGAGGUGGCACGCCCUCUCCCGGGAAGAGCAGGCCAAAUAUUAUGAAUUAGCACGGAAAGAGAGACAGCUACAUAUGCAGCUUUAUCCGGGCUGGUCAGCGAGAGACAAUUAUGGCAAGAAGAAGAAGAGGAAGAGAGAGAAGCUACAGGAAUCGACUUCAGGUACAGGUCCCAGAAUGACAGCUGCCUACAUCUGAAACAUGGUGGCAAAAGAAGCUCAUUCCCAACGUGUAAAGCCAAGGCAGCGACCCCAGGCCCUCUCCUGGAGAUGGAAGCUUGCUGAAAACCCAGACUGUCUCCACAGCUUGCCCGGCUGACCCCAAGGAACACUGACAGCAACUUUACCCUGAGGUCACUGCUAGCGCUGACCCGCAGACCCAGUCACUGCCAGCCCUUCCUUCCGUCUACUGCAAGCGCCGACUUCCGAAAGAAAGCCGAAAACGGUUGUUUCUGCAAAAGAAAAAAAAAAUUUCAAAGCCCAUGAGAAGGCUAGCAGGCCCUGCCCACUGAGCAGCAUUGCUUCCAGUCUCUGUGACCUUCUCGAGCAUCGUCCGCGCAGACCUGUCACCCUUCAGCAAGGACAGACAGUACCCUGCCUGUGUUGGCCUUGUCCGUGCCACUAGAGCCAGCUGCCAGAGCAGGCACCGCACCCUGGCGUGAGAAUUGUGGAAGACUCCUCCUGUUCCUGUCUUCAUUUUCCUAGCUCUCCAAGUUUUUAUUUAACAAUACAAAAGGAUCAAGUUUGUGUUUGCUUUUUUUUUUUUUAACUUGAAUUUUACCUUUUUUUUUUUUUAAUUUUUAUUUUUCUUGUAUAUUUUGCUAGCUCUGAGCUUUUAAAUAAAAUUCAUAGGUCUGGAAGAGUUUGAAAUAAAAACAAGAUGAAAAGAAGCCUUUUUUAAAAUUUUUUUUAUUAUUUUAUUUUUUUUUUAUUUUUAUUUUUUUAAGUCCUGAGAGAUCUUGUCCAGUAAGUGGCUCCUCUGUGAUACACAGUGGCCUCUGCCCUGUGAGGUGUCUGAUGAAGCUAAACAGAUAGCCAAACCCACUCUUGUUGGAGGUCUUGUUUGGCAGCCCGUCUCACUUAGUUUUCUGAUUUUUUUUUUUUUUAAAUAACAACCGACCUUAACAUCUCCUUUGAGCGAACCUAUUUGCAGUGGACCUUUUUGUUUCUUUCCUUUCACUCCUGUAAAAAGCCCAGCACUUGAAUUGUUCUUUCUUUAAAUGUUCUGUAUUUGUAUCUGUUUUUAUUAGCCGAUUAGUGGGAAUUUAUGCCAGUUGUUAAAAGGAGCAUUGACGUACCUGUUAUUUUUUAAGUAGCAAGGCACAGCCUCUGCCCCAGACUUGUCAUCUUAACGUUUGUCAUUCCAGUUUGAGUUAACAUGCUGAGCAUUUUUUAAAAAGAAGCUUUGUAAUAAAACAUUUUUUUAAAAGUG